AUGCCCUCGGACGACCUCCUCUACGAUCCAGGGGCAGACUCGCCGAGGUCAGAACUCGACUCUGAUGACGACCUCGACCGCCCAGGCCCAUCUCGCGGCCGCCGCGGCGCAGGAGGGAGCAGCAAGGAAGCCUCGAGCUCCAAGAAGGGAAAGGGAAAGGACUCGAUCAACGCAUGGGAGGCAACCUACAAGCGCAGUUGGGAUGUCGUCCAAGAGGACGAACAGGGUGGCCUCCAGUCGGCCGUCGACAGUUACGUUGCCCAGCGAAGGCGAAAGAGGGCUCUCCAAUCCGAGGCACCUCUGCGCCGGUCUCUGGUGCGGCACAUGUUUAUCAUUGUGGACCUCUCCGAGUCGAUGCGGGACAAGGACUUUCGCCCCUCGCGGUUUGAACUGACGCUGCAAUACCUGCGUGCGUUUGUCGUCGAGUGGUUUGACCAGAACCCACUUGGGCAGGUCGGCGUCAUCCUCCUGCGGGACCGACUCGCAGAGGUCCUCGUGCCUAUAGGAGGCAACCCGCAGGACGUGGUAAAGGCACUCGAGGACAAGCGUGCUCUGGAGCCCUCGGGCGAGCCAAGCCUGCAGAAUGGCUUGACGAUGGCGCGGGGCUCGAUGAGCCAUCUGCCCACGACGUCUAGCUUAGAGAUUCUGGUCCUGUUCAGCGCCAUCUCGACGGCCGACCCAGACGGACCGCAGAACAUCCACCAGGUGUUGGCGGAGCUCGUGCAGGCGCGAGUCCGCACGACUAUCAUCUCGCUGUCCGCCGAGAUCAAGAUUUGUCGUCAGAUUGCGGAGAGAACGGGCGGGCGGUUCGGCGUGGCUAUUGACGAGGACCACUACCGUGACUUGUUGUGGGAGACGAUCCCUCCGCCAGCUGAAACGAUCGCCGCGCCCGUCACGCUCAAUGUCCGUGAUGCGCUUAAUCGCGGUGGCAGAGGUGCGGCUGGGGGCGCGAAUCGCCCCGCGCCCGCUGGAGAUCUCAUGGUCAUGGGCUUCCCCACACGCCUGCCUGCUGCGGGCGAGGGAUUCUGUGCGUGCCACGGUCUUCUCAAGCGCGGAGGGUACAUGUGCCCUCGGUGCGGGUCCAAGUUGUGUGACGUACCGACCGACUGCGAUGUGUGCUGCCUGAUGGUGGUCAGCAGCCCGCAUCUGGCCCGAAGCUUCUGGCUGCUCUUCCCUGUCGCCAACUAUGGGUUAGUCAGUGACGCCGGCGCGGUGCAGGCCGAGCUUGUUCCAGCGUGCUUUGGCUGUGACACGGCGUUCCCAUUGCUCUCCAGCCUCGGCCCAGACGCAGCGGCACAUGUCGACGACGGCAUCAGCCCGACUGGGCGGUACCGUUGUGCCAAGUGCUCCAACGACUUUUGCAUGGACUGCGACUUGUAUGUCCAUGACACGCUGCAUACGUGCCCCGGGUGUGCCCAGUGA